AUGUAUAGGCGCCUACAGUGCAGAAGGAGACCUUGGCAGACCGAAGCAGAGGAGGUGGCCAUCGAUGGCUUCGACCAGGGUCGGGGGGUCUUUGUCCUGCACCAGAAUCUGCUGUUACUUCACAAAGGCCACGUUGACGAAGCAGCAGGCAGCCCUGGAGUUGACCAUGGCGUAGAUGAACAGCCAGCGCUCGUCCAGCAAGCCGAGUGUGACCAGUACGAGGAACGGUCCCCGGCUGGUAACGGGUGCGUGCUUUGGGGCAGCCGGGUGGUGGUUCCCCCCCCCUUGCGCAAACAGGUACUGGAAGACCUCCACGAGACCCACCCGGGCAUCGUGAGGAUGAAAGCCCUGGCCCGUAGUUAUGUGUGGUGGCCGGGCAUGGAUGAGGAAAUUGGGGGGGUGAGGAGGUGCCAACCCUGCCAAGAAUCCCGGCCCGAUCCCCCGUCAGCCCCGGUCCACAGAUGGGAGUCUAACAGGCGGCCAUGGUCCCGCCUCCACUUAGAUUUUGCCGGCCCGUAUCAGGGCCAGAUCUUUUUUAUACUUGUGGAUGCCUACACAAAAUGGUUAGAGGUGAUUCCGGUAGCCUCAACCUCCACGGCGGCAGCCGUCCGAGCACUCAGGAAGGUCCUAUGCACGCACGGGAUCCCAGACACCCUGGUGACGGAUAACGGAACGGCCUUCACCUCCCGGGAAUUCCGGGAGUUCACGGAGAGGUACCUCAUACGACACAUAAGGUCCGCACCAUUCCAUCCGGCAACCAACGGCCAGGCGGAGCGGAUGGUGCGGACCACCAAGGAAGCACUGGGGAGAAUAGUACAUGGGGAUUGGGACCACCGCCUCUCAGCCUUCCUGUUCCACAACAGGAUCACCCCAAACCCUAUAACGGGAUCCAGCCCCGCGGAACUGCUCAUGGGGAGGAAACUGACAACCCGUCUAGACAGGCUGCAC